AUGAAGCGGCGCAAGCAAGUCAGAGAGCUCACUGAAAAUGAACGUAGCCUCGUUAUUUCCGUACGUCAUUGUGCCCGAGAGCUCGAUGAUAUUCUGCAAGGAUCCAGGAGAAAGAUGCAAUCUGAUUUAAGACUUUUUUCUGAAUUAGGUAUAUCUACCAUGUUUAGAGGAGUCGAUUCCUAUGCUGAUAUGUAUGAAAAGCUUAACCUUAGGUCCCGUGAGGCCCUAAACAACCUUCUGGAGAAGUCUAAAGAUGCAGAAGAAAUUCAAGAUACCAUUGAUGCAAUCGAAGAAACAGAAGGUUAUUGGAAUACGUUUCUGUCUAAUUUGGAUCGUGAGACCAUCGCACCAUCAGCACAUGAGAACUCCCUACACAACAGUGCAAGUGAAAGUGACAAUGAGGAAAAAAGUUUCCAGGACGUCCACCGAACCUUUCAAACAGAAGGCGAGUUUUUUAAUGCGUCAGAAAUACUACUUUGCGAUCUCCAAACAUUUACUGAAGUAACUGUUCAUGAUCUCGUGAGAAAGCAUGCCAGCAUCAUGUUUAUCUGUCAGCCUGCCUACCUACCAGACACAGUAAUCAGAUGGCGUUAUGCAGAAGUCAACAAAGUUAAGGUGAUUGUGCCCUAUAAAUUCAAUUUUUAUGACAAUUACUUCUUAAUGCACUUCGCCAUAUACCCCAUAUUUUCCAAAUGCUAUAUACUUGGGAUCUAA